AUUAAUAGAAGAAAAAAACGACACGACCUCAUCCUCAACCGCCCCACCCCCUCCUCCCUCCACCCCCACCCCCGCCGCCGCGCCACUCCCGAUCACAACUCCUCCUCCGAUUCAAACCCCGACGAACUAGGCUUCGACAACUGGCUCGACCAGAAGCUCACCGGCGGCGGCGAUGGUGAUCUGGACAGGUCGAAGAGGAAGUACUACAUCAAGAGGCGGAAGCGGAUGCACGGCGGCGAUUCGGAGGAGGAGGAGAGUAUGGUGGAGCUGAAGCCGGAGGUGGUGGAGUUCAACACGUUGCACAAGAGGGAGGAGGAGCUCUACUUUUUUGACACGUUUGCUUAUCCAUGGGAGAAGGUGUACCAGCUCGAGAAGAAGUACUUCCCUGAUCAGGGCCUUGAUAAGGCAUUUCUAGAACCCGGCGAGACCAAUUCAGUUAGGAAUUCGAAGAGUAGGAAGAAGAUAGAGCAAGAUAAUAAAGGAAUGGUGUUCUUUGAGGAGGAGAAGGAGAGAGAAACUGCGGCCGCGGCGGCGGAGAUGAAUGAGGUGGUUAAGGAGAAGGAGGUGGAGGAGUUUUUCAAGUGUUUGAAGAAAGCUCCUAGUGAAGAAAUGGAGCCGUAUUUGCUGACCAGGAGUGAUGAGCUGCCGCCGAGGUGGGACGGGCCGAAUGGGACUGUGGUGUUGGUGAAUAAGCCGAAAGGGUGGACGUCUUUUACAGUUUGUGGGAAGCUGCGGCGCCUGGUCAAAGUGAAGAAGGUAGGGCAUGCUGGGACGCUUGAUCCGAUGGCAACUGGUUUGUUAAUUGUGUGUGUUGGUAAAGCUACUAAGGUUGUGGACAGCUAUCAAGGUAUGACCAAUGGUUACAGUGGAGUUUUCCGUUUGGGAGAGGCUACUUCGACUUGGGAUGUGACUUCACCGAUCAUUCAGCGUGAACCGUGGGAGCAUAUCAAAGAUGAAGAUAUAAAGAAAGCUGCUGCAUCCUUUUCUGGAGAUAUCUGGCAAGUACCUCCAAUGUUUUCUGCUAUCAAAUUUGGAGGUGAAAAGAUGUAUGAGAAGGCAAGAAGAGGAGAGAGCAUAGAGCUCUCACCCAGACGAUUAUCAAUCUAUCAGUUUGACAUUGAACGCAGCUUAGAUGACAGACAAAAUUUGAUUUUCCAGGUUUCUUGCUCUAAAGGGACAUAUAUUAGGUCUCUAUGUGCUGAUUUGGGGAAAGCCCUCGGCAGUUGUGCUCAUUUAACUGCCCUUCGAAGAGAUUCAAUUGGGGAAUAUUCUGCAGAUAAUGCAUGGGAUUUCCAAGAGCUGGAAGAUGCAAUUACCAAAACGUAUUUUUAGCUUAACUAACAUAGUCUGAUUCUUUGUCUUGCACUGGGAUUAUUAGUUAUGUUUUAUUGUAGAAGGAACUAUUGAAGGGUCUACCAUCUCUUUCUUGGCUUUCUUCUGUUCAGAACUUGUUAUGGAAUCUCCCUUGGGGUUUUGCACUUCACACCAAAAUUGUGUUUCCUAAUAUAUCCACAUAGCUGUUUAGGCUACUCG